CGCGAGAGAGCGAGACAGAUCCCAGCUCGGAGUCCGCCAGGCGUUCUCAUUGGCCAGUCCUCUCUACAAAUCCAACUCCAGACACUUCACUCAGAACAGACUAACAAAUCAUAACUGUAUUUUAUCAUCAUAAACGCUUUUGCACUCUCCCAUAUUGCUGCAUGUGUUGAAGAUUUUACGUUUUGUCCGUCUUUUUUAUUCAAUUACAUUUUUUAAUCGUUACAGGAUUUCGCUAUUUUAUAGCGAGCUAUUUUAUUCAAGAAAAGGACUGGACAAAGAACUUUCUACUCAGGUCAACAAUCGAGAGCAUCCUUCAGCAAAAUCGAGAUAGCGAGAAAAAGAACAGAUAAACCACCAAGGACAUCUACGGGCCAUAUCCAAUUUUCAAAAUUUUCUCCAACUUUACCCCCCAGUCCAACAUUAGCAUGAUGUCGUAUCUCAAGCAACCACCUUACACAGUCAAUGGGCUGAGCUUAACGACCUCCGGAAUGGACCUUCUGCAUCCCUCUGUAGGAUACCCAGCGACGCCGCGCAAGCAGAGACGAGAAAGGACGACUUUCACACGCGCUCAACUUGAUGUUUUGGAGGCACUGUUCGGCAAAACUCGCUAUCCUGAUAUAUUCAUGCGCGAGGAGGUAGCUCUGAAAAUCAACCUGCCAGAGUCUCGCGUACAGGUUUGGUUUAAGAACCGAAGGGCAAAGUGCCGCCAACAGCAACAGCAGCAGCAGAAUGGGGGCCAGAACAAGGUACGACCAGCCAAAAAGAAGAGUUCUCCAGCCAGAGAAGCGAGCUCUGAGAGCGGGGCGAGUGGCCAGUUCACGCCGCCCUCAAGUACUACUUCAGUCCCAACCAUCUCAACCAGCACCGCGCCGGUAUCUAUCUGGAGUCCAGCCUCCAUCUCUCCGCUGGCGGACCCUCUCUCUACCUCCUCCUCCUGCAUGCAAAGAUCUUACCCAAUGACCUACACACAGGCUUCGGGAUACAGCCAAGGCUAUGCCGGAUCAACGUCAUACUUUGGCGGAAUGGACUGUGGUUCUUACCUUACUCCCAUGCAUCACCAGUUGUCUGGCCCUGGGACGACCCUGAGUCCUAUGAGCACCAACGCGGUCACAAGCCAUCUGAACCAGUCCCCUGCUUCCCUUUCCACUCAGGGCUACGGAGCCUCGGGGCUAGGCUUCAACUCAACUGCGGACUGCUUGGAUUAUAAGGACCAAGCCGCAUCCUGGAAGCUGAACUUCAAUGCCGAUUGCUUGGAUUAUAAAGAUCAGACUUCUUCGUGGAAAUUCCAAGUCCUGUGAACAUAACAAUGUGUAAACUAUUAAAACAAAGACAAUGAUGAUUAAAGAAACAUAUAACCCUGCCAUCCUUCAAAAAGAUAUAUGCGUAACAGACUGAAUAUUUGUGUGGUCGGUAAGGAACUGCAAGAAUGAGCUGUCCGUGGCACCUCGUGUUGUUGGCUUGAUGUUUUGGCCGGUAAAGGAGAAAUUAUAAUUUAUUUUAUCACUGGCGAAGACAUAUUCUUUUUAUUAACCUCACAGGUUGUAGCCCUCUCAUCUGUGUCUGUCAGUGUGUGCCUCUAUGCUUACAGCACCUGUUGGUUAAUUUAAGGAAAACUCGAGAUCAGAGUGGACUCAUAGUUAUUUAUGGUAGGCCUACAGUACAUCACAGCCACGGAACAAAUCCUUACCCAAGAACAAAAUUGCUAGGGGAGCCAAUCUUUUGGUUAAGUGCUUGGGAUGGACAGGCGUCGUUAAGCCUCUUACAACUUGCCGACCAAUCGGCAGAAGGACACUUUGAUCAGGAUGGUGUGUGGACUGCGCGCCCCCGAGGCGACAUGGAUGCACUACUUUAUUUAAGAAAAAGUGUUUAUAAGAAAUCAAUAUGUAGUUUCUAAGAGACAAUCAGUGUGUGUCUUAUAUAAAUGGUACAUGUGUUUUUUUUUAAUCUGUGCUAGCCUUCAAACUGUGAUCUGUUGUAUUGUAUGCAAUUUGUGAGCUCCCUCGCAUCAGCGAUGACUCUCUGCUGUGAUUUUAAUAGAUUUUUAACUUUUUGAACAACAAAAAAAUUAUCGAUAAUGGUAAAUAAUAAUGAUUGCAAGACAACCUGACUAUUCAAAUCCAUUCAACAUCUUUGGUGGAACUGGGAAAAAAAACUCGAUUGCUGAGUGCUCUAGACUUGCCGCGUCCCUCUCAUUCGAACACACUGAUUGCGGAUCUCUAACAUGGCUCCGAAGAUGGUGUGACCCCACCGCUGAACAGACAUGAAUAAAGGUCCUGAUCUGACCCUUUCAUUUAUCGAUGAA